AUGGAUCCAGUAAAAACCAAAGCUAAUUAUUCGAGAGUAUGUCAACUUUUGGUGGACAAAGGAGGCGACGCGUUAAGAGGUGCUUUACAUGCAAAACAUCCGCCUUCCACUUUAGCUGCUGUAUUAAAUGCCAACAAAACGACAUUGAAGAAGAUAAGAUACAGUGUAAUUAAACCAUCGCAAUGGGACUUACUCUUUCCAGUUUCGGGUACACCAGAUUCAAACAAUUUUGAUAUAACUUUACUGGCCAUCUUACUCCGAAAUAUUUGUGGAUUUCCCUCACCAGUAGCAGGAUGGAAUGCUAUGCCUCCAGCCAGCGAUACCUCUAUAUCUGCACAUAUUGCGAGAAUCAAAAUCUUCAGAAAUGAGAUCUAUGGUCAUAUACCAGCUGCCCAAUAUGACGACACCACAUUUGAAACAUUGUGGCAAGAAAUUUCAAAACCUUUGAUCAAGUUAGGAAUUCCUCAACAAGAUAUAGACGAAUUAAAGGAAGCUCCUCUCAGUCCUGAAGAAGAAAGUUAUAUUGAAAAAUUAAAAAAAUGGAAAGAACUAGAAGACGAUUUUUUGUCAAAACUAAAUGACAUUGAAAAAGUAGUCCUCAAUGUGGGAAAUCAAGUACUCGAGUUACGAAGGAUAGUUGAAAAUUUGGUUCCCUCGCAAGUCGACCAACUAGCCAAGUUUGACUUUACUGGAAAGAUUGAUCGCCUUUGUCAAAAGUUUCCAAAUGGCACUAAAGAAUGGUUCUUUGAUGAGCUGUCAAGUUGGCUUGAUGAUAAAGAAUCACGGGUGAUGAUUCUGACUGCAGGUCCUGGCGCUGGGAAGAGUGUUUUGUCUGCGAAGAUUUGUGUGCAGUACAAAAAACGCGGUAAACUAGCCGGAUACCAUUUCUGCGACUUUAGAAAUUCAGAUUCAAGAAAUCCUCACAGAAUUCUCCAGUCUCUUGCCAGUCAAAUGUGCGAUAACAUUGUUGGAUUUCGUGAUAAACUGAUUGAAGUUCUUCGUCGUCAACAUUCUCAAGAAUCACUAUCAGACGCAUUCCGCGUUCUUAUAAACGAUCCCUUACAUGCCCUAUGCAGACGUGAGCCAAUGUUGAUCGUUGUGGAUGCUUUGGACGAGAGUAAAACUGAUACCAGGAGUGAAUUUUUGGAGUUAAUAUUGGAGAACUUUCCUGAAUUACCAGAAUGGAUUAAGAUAUUCAUUUCGAGUACACCAGAGCUACAAGUACAGAACAAACUUCAUGGAUCG